AACCAAAAGGAGCUUAGAAAAGAAAGGGCAGUGUAUGCCUGUGCGUGUGUGAGCGAAAGGAGCUCGGUGGGAGAAGAGGAGGGGACAAAGGAAGCCGGGGGAGGCUAAAGGAGGGAAGAAAGGCGCCAAUUUUUUGGAUCUCAGUCGGGGGCUCCUUCUGGUCUCUUCCUGCUUCGAUUCCGGCGAGAUGCCAACGGUUCGGUACCAGAUAAGGAACGAGUACGGGUUGGCGGAUCCGGAGCUCCACCGGGCCGCCGACAAGGAUGAUCCCGAGGCCAUCCUCGAAGGGGUCGCCAUGGCCGGCCUCGUUGGCGUGCUGCGCCAGCUCGGAGAUCUCGCGGAGUUCGCUGCAGAAAUAUUUCGUGACUUGCAUGAAGAAGUAAUGGGAACUGCUGCUAGAGGGCAUGGAUUGAUGCUUCGUGUCCAGCAGCUUGAAGCAGAGUUGCCAUCAGUUGAAAAGGCUAUUUUCUCUCAGUCUAGUCAUUCAAAUUUUGCUUACAAUGAUGGUAUUGAUUGGCACUCUAGUAUUCAAAUGGAUCAAAACCUAAUCACUCAAGGAGAUAUGCCACGUUUUAUCUUGGACUCAUAUGAAGAAUGCCGUGGGCCACCUCGGUUAUUCACCCUGGAUAAGUUUGAUACUGCUGGUGCUGGAGCCUGCUUGAAAAGAUACUCGGAUCCAUCUUUCUUCAAGAUGGAACUAGUCUCCUCUGGCUUGGUAGAAACGGAGAUACCAAGAGAGAAAAAAUCUCGUAAGAUGAGGAAGAAGGGGUCAAACUGGAAAAAAGGUCAAACCCUCGAGUCUUUAUUGUCACCACUUGCAGAUUCCACUUCGCAGACAACAGUGUCUGAUCAGGUUUCCAGUAAAUCUGCCACCAGACUUGUGAGAUUGAGAUAUAGGAACUCAAAUAAUACUAAUGGAAGCAAAGGAUGUAACUUAAGAAAAUGUCUUCUUGCACUGCAUUCAGAUGAGCAGAAAGUUGUUUUGGACGAUAGUAGAAGACAUUCAAGCUUAAACGUAAAUUUAGUGGAUUCAGGUGAAUUGACUUCUGUAAUGCAUGACACCGUUAUGGAUGUAUCAGCAAACUAUCCAUUAGUUAGAGAUGUUAGUGCUACCGAGACCCCUACCAAAGAAGUGGUAAAGUUAACAUAUAAAUUUGAUCAUUGGAAGACUGGAACUGAAGAAUUUUCAGAAGCACUUCAUGGGCCACUUGGUGACAUGCAAAAUCCACAGAGAAACUUUAACUUUGUGGAGAACAAAGAAAAGUUUGCUGAUGCUGAAAAUAAAUCAGAAAGCAGUAACUGUGAUGGUGAGCUUAGUGAUACUGAGAAAACCACAUCAGUUCAGGUGGUAGAUCAUAAAUUAGGGGAUGUUGAACAUAUAUUAGAAGACAGUAACAAUGGCUAUAAGACUGAAGAUGGUGGUAGCGAGCAGGAGAAUUUCAUGGAUGCACUGAACAGCAUGGAACCAGAAGUAGAAACAGAUUCUGAAAAUAAAGAUAGACCAGAUCUUGGUGUUACACAAAAGGAAGCUUAUGAUAUGAAUUUUUACACCAGUGAAACGCUAGACGAGCUGCUGACUCAAUUUUCAAAACAGGAUAUGGCAGCAGUCUCUAUUGUGUCAAUAGGGUUGAACCAUAAUUUAGAGAGUGGGAUAUCAAGUAAUCUGUGUAAUUUAAGUGAGACACCAGCAACUCAAGAAAAAGAAAUCACCUCAAAUUCUUCUGCAAAUUCAGAAUAUCUUCUUGGUGAAACCAAUGAUGAAAGCUGUGAAGAGUGUUUGCCACAUGACGAGGUUGCCAACUCAUUUGAUAUGAUUUCUGAUGGAGCUAGCGAUAUAAAGUCAUUUGAUAAUCCCAUUUUGAGAUCAGAAAUCGGAGAGGAACCUUGCAAUUCUUGUGAUAUAAACUCAACUUCUAAUCUCAUUAGCACUGGUCCUCAACAAGGCUUUGAUACACUGCAAUUUGUUAAAGCUUACCACGUCGGCACUUCAGCUGAUCAUGAAGCACAGUUAGGAAGAGAUGAGACCAUCAAAUGCUCAGAUGGCUCACCUCAUUCUAAUAGGAGUGAUCCCGAGAUACAUCAGCCUCCAGAGCUUGUGGAAGAGCUGGUUUUAGAAGGCAUUACAGAGAUGCUUGACAUGCCUAACCGCCUUUCCUCUUCACCAGCUAGAACUUUACCCAUGGAAGAUCAUGGUAAUGAAGGUUCACCAUUUAUCACUGCACCGACAGAAAAAGAGAUGCAGGAUUCAAUGGAUCAAGGAACCAAAUCUUUUGCCUUCAAAAAUGAUACAACAGCUAGUUUAGGUGGGAGGAGCAUCAUAACAACUGCCCCUCAUUUAGAUCCUGAUAUCAGCAUCAUACAACAUGAUGUUGCUUUAGACAUUAACAUUUGUCAGUAUCCUGAAGAAUCAACCAUAGAAACAUCUUCUGAUUAUUUGAAGGGAACUGACGAUGUAGAGUAUCCUGAAGAAUCAACCGUAGAAAUAUCUUCUGAAUAUGUGAAGGGAACUGACGAUGUGGUUCAAACUAUGAAUGGCCCAUCUAUUGGGAGUAAAGAUGACAUUAUUUCUGAAAACCCUCAUCCUCCGUGCAAUCCUGUUGAGCUAAUUUUAGAGGAGAUGGAAUCCGGAUCUGGCAUGUCUGAUUAUCAUUCUGAAUCAAAAUAUGAGAGCAGCCUUACAGAAGUUUUUGAGGGGCAUAUUGAAGUCGUGUCACAUCCUUCAAAUGCAAGUAUAGAGAAGUCACCACAGUUGACAGAUCAAGAUGCUGAAGUAUGUUCAACUGAAAGCACACCAAUUCUUAUUUCUGCUAUUGUCACCAUCACUGAUAAAGAUUGCACCGAGAAAUUGGAAAAUAUUGAUGUUGAAAAUCUAGAAGUUGGUUGUGAGGACACUGAUGACAUGACAAAACAAAAUCUUGCAAUGCCUGAAAUACCACAACCUCAGUUGGAGCAUUUUUCGGGCACUGAGGAAACCCUACAAUCGCCCAAGGUGAAAUUAGCAGAACCUCAAGAGUCCCACAAGAUGAACUCCACAGAGCAGGUGCCUUUGUGUUUUGAAAGUGAAACAUUUUUCGAUAGGGUCAUUAAUUCUCCUGUCCUUGUUGGCGAUGGUCUAAAAUUGGCUAAUGAGUAUAUUCAGGAGAACCUCCAAAGUGAUGUUCAAGGGUUUGAACAAAUUACUGAUGUCAAAGAUAUGUCAGCUGAAAAUUUUGCAUCUCAAGAUGAGACUAAUAGUUAUGAUUCUUCCCCGGUCUACACUAAAGAAUCAUUUGGCCUUCCACUACAGUUGGUAGAAGAUAGCAUUGAUUCUGCGGUCUCAUAUCAGCAUCAAAUGAAGACCCGUGAAACAUUUAGUCCGAAGAUGGCGAAAUCUCUAGAUUCACAAAGCACUCCAGACAUGGCAGUUUUUUCAGGGGUAGAACAAUCAGCACAAGACCCUGUUGCUUCACAUGGAUUGCCUGUUGAAGAUUCAUCCGAUGCAAAUGAUGAUGGAUUGCAUGGUGACAUUUGUGAUAUGAUGCCAAAUGUGCAUGUCCAUGGGAAUCUGCAUCCUUUUGUCAAUGACACAUGUCUAGAAUAUCCUGUAGAAAGCAAACAAGAUUUUGGUCCAAAAUGUUCAGCACAAGGUCAUCAUGAAAGUGCAAAACAAGAGAUGUCUUUAUCGGCCAACUUAUUGCUUGAUCAUGCAAGUGCAAGUUUACCUGAGGAGGCAUUUACCUUGCAAGCCAGCAAUGAAGUAGAAAUAGAAUCUUCACAUCAAAAGGGUGAAUAUUUUGAGCUUGACAUUCCUAUUAACUCUGUUGAUGUUGAUGAAGAACCAUCAGAAGGACCUGAACAAAAUCAUCAUGCCUUCAUGAGCAAUGUAAAGUAUGAUGAGUUGGACAUAACGCCAUCAAGCACAACCAUGACUGAAAAGCUGGGUUCAGCGCUUGUUUCAUCGGAAUGCUGUUCUGAAAUUUCUGCAUGUCAAAUGGCUUCCAAUGUCUCAGAUAUGACGUUUUCACUCUCACCAAGCUCCGUUGUUUUCGUUACUGAAAGUACAUCAAGACUAUCCUCUGAGCCGCAGUCAGAUGAAUCAACUUCGUGCUUUCCUUCACAGAAUUCUGAAGAACCACCCCCACUUCCCCCACUCCCCCCUCUUCAAUGGAGAACUCAAAAGCUUCAAGUGAGCUCCUUAUUGCCAAAUGCAAAUUCAUCUGCGUCUUUGGCUGUAACAAACCCAUUUGUGACACCAUCAGACAUCAAGCCAGCAAACAAAUUUAUCACAUCACCAUCUGGUUUGUCUGAACUACCACCAAUUGUUGUUGAUCAGAGCCAUCAGCCUGAUGCUCAAUGUCUAGAGGGGAACCUUGUGCAUUCAUCAAAUUCAUUGUCAUUGAUAUCAUCAUCUUUAGUCUAUGAGAAGAAUAUGCAUGCUCCUGAUGCACAAGAGGGAUUAAGAUUACCUUUGGCAGAUUCAUUUACACCGCUUCCUAUAUUGGAAAGCCAGAUCUCUCAGCAUUCUGAAUUUCAGGAAGAAAAAGUUCAGCCUGUACCAGAUAAGAGAUUUCAUCAGCCUGAUGCUCAAUGUCUAGAGGGGAACCUUGUGCAUUCAUCAAAUUCAUUGUCAUUGAUAUCAUCAUCUUUAGUCUAUGAGAAGAAUAUACAUGCUCCUGAUGCACACGAGGGAUUAAGAUUACCUCUGGCAGAUUCAUUUACACCGCUUCUUAUAUUGGAAAGCCAGAUCUCUCAGCAUUCUGCAUUUCAGGAAGAAAAAGUUCAGCCUGUACCAGAUAAGAGAUUUCAUCAGCCUGAUGCUCAAUGUCUAGAGGGGAACCUUGUGCAUUCAUCAAAUUCAUUGUCAUUGAUAUCAUCAUCUUUAGUCUAUGAGAAGAAUAUACAUGCUCCUGAUGCACAAGAGGGAUUAAGAUUACCCCUGGCAGAUUCAUUUACACCGCUUCCUAUAUUGGAAAGCCAGAUCUCUCAGCAUUCUGCAUUUCAGGAAGAAAAAGUUCAGCCUGUACCAGAUAAGAGAUUUCAUCAGCCUGAUGCUCACUGUCUAGAGGGGAACCUUGUGCAUUCAUCAAAUUCAUUGUCAUUGAUAUCAUCAUCUUUAGUCUAUGAGAAGAAUAUACAUGCUCCUGAUGCACAAGAGGGAUUAAGAUUACCUCUGGCAGAUUCAUUUACACCGCUUCCUAUAUUUGAAAGCCAAAUCUCUCAGCAUUCUGCAUUGCAGGAAGAAAAAGUUCAGCCUGUACCAGAUAAGAGAUUUCAGAUUAGUCAGCUGUGGCCAGGUUCAGACUUGGAGAAAUUUCAUUAUUCUGAGCACAAUCACCUAAAAUUGGAAAAAGAAGUGAUCCAGCCUCAGAAUUUAUUUUUGUUUGAGUCUACUUUAGAAGAUUAUAACCAUCACCAUAAUUAUGGAGAUUUUGGAGGUGAAAAUGCACACCUUCUGAAGUCGUCAGAUCUCUCACUCUUUUCAAGAUUGGAGAUGCCUCAAUCUGGCUAUGUAUAUUCUUUGGAAGGGAGUCAUUCCACGCCAUUUGGUGUUGUACCUACAAGAGAAGAUGAAUGGCAUAGCAUUAAACCCCAUUCCAUACGUAAUCGCCCCCGAAAUCCACUGAUAGAAGCUGUUGCUGCCCAUGACAGAAGCACGUUAAGAAAGGUGCCGGAGCAAGCUAAGCCUUCAAAUGAGUCGAAGGCAGACAAAAAGGAUGCAGUGCUAGAGUCCAAUAUUUUGCAGUUGAGGAAGGUAUCAGAGCAUAUGAAGCCCUCCAAUAAACCUAAGGCAGAUGAGAGAGAUGAGUUACUGGAGCAGAUAAGAAACAAGUCGUUCAGUCUGAAACCAGCAGUCCUUUCAAAGACAAACAACAAGGGCCACUCAACAAAUAUUAAAGUUGCUGCCAUCUUAGAGAAGGCAAAUGCACUACGCCAGGCAAUGGUGGGAAGUGAUGAAGAAGAUGGUGGAGAUGGUUGGAGUGACUGCUGAGUACUAAUCAUCACCUGGAAAUUCUGGAGCUCUCCUAGCAUACAUCUCAAGCUAAAAUAUGCAAGAUGUGGUUGCACAAGAGCACGGUCUACAAAGUGACAAGUCUGAUUAAAGCUGAAGUAGUGCAGCCGGGAAGCUCCAAUUUUAAUCAAUGCAUACCAUAAUGUGAAUAAUAUUCCCUUUGUUUCAUUCUUCUUUCUUCUUGUUCAAUCUGUAUUCUCCGUCUCCAGUUAGCUUCUCCUCCUCCUGUACCAGCUAAAGCGCCACAUGGGAGUAAAACAAACCGAGGUUGUCGUCUGUUCAAUUUCAAUUGGUGACAUGUAUUUUUUUUAUUAUGUAUGUAGGUUAUCCAAAGUAAAUCUAGGAAUUCUUGAUUGCUAUUAUAUUCUAGCAGAGUUCUUAUCACAA